AUCUUAGAUCGAAGGUUCUGUGUGGAAUACAAACUGUUUGAGGACAUCUCUGCUGUAGAAGGAAAAGUUGUGCUGAAAUUCGAUCUUGGUGAGAAUACAGAGCACGUUAUAAAAAAUAUUAUCUUGCGUCACAAACAACCUACUACACCAGGCGGCUGCACUGAUCAGCGAUGGAUACAGAAAUCAGCGAGUGUCCGAAUUCAUGCUGUGAAUUAACUGACUGACUGCUUACCAAAGUGGCAACACCUACAACUAUGUCAGCUGAUAAGGGAGCGGUAAUGUUGGAUCGAAAAUACUUUUAUACCUCAGAUGAUUUUACAUGGCAUUGCAUGGUAAGCGAUGAAGAACAAAAUGAACACGUCUUUACCCAGGUAAAAGUAUAUUUCUGAUUUCGAGGAAUAUAAGCUUACGUUAAUGUUUGUUGAAGUGUGCGAGAAUUGGCAAGAUCUGUUGGCUAAGUUUAAUACAAUAACAUCGAAGAGUUGUUGCCUCAUGAACGCUCAAACCCAUCUACAUCUAGCCAUAUGGCUAAAUUCGAGAUUUCUUGGAUUUCUUAUUUAAAGAAAAAACAACUUAUAAAAUAAAACGUUUUAUUACGUAAACACCAAUGAAAUACCAGGUGAGCUUUCGCGCGAAAACUUGAUAUCUUCACAUGUGAAAAUAACAUGUUAUCUUCACAUGUGAAAAUAUCACCUUUGCUAUGGCUACAUAAUAAAUCACACCUUUCACACCAAAAAACUAUUAAAGUGAAAUGGUUUGGUAUUUCAUUGGUGUUUAUAUAAUGAAUAGAGCAUUUCAUGGCCGCUUGGAGAUACGAAAUUUCUCUUCUUGUGUUGAAAAAAUAUUCCACUAGUUCACUGCGCUCACUCGUGAAAUAUUUUUCAACACUCAAAGAGAAAUUUCGUAUCUCUGCGCUGCCAUGUGCAUGUCAUAUCCUCUAUUUUUUAAAUUGAGAGAUUCCGAGCAAUCUCAAAUUUAGAGUGUUGCAUUUGGAGAAGGAGACUCAUGUGGGGAGACAAAUCAGUCCCCGGGGACUCCCAGUUUUAAACAAUAACUUUUUCUUGUCCUCAAAAUUUGGGGACAUCUAAUGGCAAACUGCCAAAAUCAAUGUUUAAAAAUAAUAAUUCUCUUCAUUUCCUUGAAGCAUAAAUAAUCCAAAAAAGAACCAAGCAGUCCCACUACUACUCUCCUAUAUCAAUCAUCCAGAGCUUGGCUAAUUAUAAUGGUUUCACUGUCUUAUAGGAGGAUUUCCAAUAUGUUUUUUGGGAUGUGGGAUUGGCUUUAUUUGAAGGGCAGAAUUCAGGUAUUUAAUGAAAAAUGGGGACAAGAUUCUGGUUAGAAACUAUGCGGAGUUGCCGAAAAUAAGCUUCAGGAUUACGGAUUGCACAAAAAUUUAAUUGGGAAUGAUAAGAUUGAGGAACCCUAUUGGGGACCCUCAUGUAGUCAUUGUGGUCACACAAUUGAUUGAACUGGUCACCUGAGCUACAUUUGUGGAGGCUGGCACCAACCCCCCUCUUUCUGACACAGGCACUGAUACACUACAUGUACAUUUCUUUAUGAUUAUAAUUUAUCAAUCCACAGGUUUUUUUUCCAGUUGCCAGGUUUUUGGGCCUUUUCUAAAAACUGCAAGUUGGUUUUUCAGUUCAUGCUGCAGGUUAGGCCCCUAAACCCAGAUUAAAAAUCAUUGAAUGGGAACAGAAAGUCAAGCCUGUAAAAAUCCUCUGAAUGAAAAUUACCCUUCUCCCUUAGAAAAGGCUUGAGAAUGAGCUUCAUUUAACAAUAAAUAUUUUCAAGAAGUUUAUCUUAGCUUGAAACACUGUUUUGUUUUAUUAAUUUAAGUUUGAUAAGGAAAUUCGGCAGAGGUGGAAUGCUGCUGUGGAUGCCAGUUGCUUUGCAUAUAAGCUGGACCAUGUGGAAGGGAGAGUUGUUCCGGGCAAAUAUCAAAUUUAUAUUCAGGUACAGUAUGAUUGUAGUUGAUGGGUGAGGGGGUUGAGGAACAAGGGAGAAGGAGAAAGGACAUACGUCACAUCCAUGUAUGUAUAGGUAAAAAGGCAAAGGUGCACACAAGCCAAAGGCCCAAACAGCCGAAGGUUAUCUUAGUUCCUUAGCAUGAAGCAUUCCUAGGAGUAUUGCUACUCCCCCCUGGACAAGAUGCUACAUGUAGUCCAUAGCAGGGUUACCCCCAGCAGUAUGUUGCCGGUACCCAUUUAUACACUUGGGUAAAGAGAGGUCCAAGGUGGGGUAAAGUUUGUUGUCUAUGGAAACCUCACGAUGGGCGAGGCUUGAAGCGCGGACCUGCAGUUUGGGAGUUAGAGGUGUUAACUGCUCGGCAACACACACUUCCACACAUAUAUAAAGGGAUAACAUUAGAAGUCAUGUAUAUGCCAAGCAGGAGAGAAAGUAGCACUUAAAGUAGUUUUGCUAACUCGUAGUUAAGAGUCAAUUUUCAUUACUGGCUGAAAAGUUUAGGCAACUCCAGUUUGUCAAGGAAGGUCAACUUUCGUGUGAUGAGUAUGUGUACAAAUUAUGUAAUGAUGCUAGCAUUCUUAUUUUGAGUUUGCAGUCUGUUCAUGAUGUCUGACUUGAUACAUGUCACAUUACUGUUUAGAAGAACUUAAAAAUUUUCUUAACACCCUUGGGAGGUUUUCUGGAGCCAUGAAAAUCUUCAGUACUUUUUGUCAUGAGACGUGUUUCGUGCCUUUAACUAGGGAAAAGUUAGCAGACAUAGUCUGUUAUCACAAGAAAAAAUUUGUGAGACCGGAUAGUAGGAUAUUGAAGGCAGAAUAUGCUAACCACCAGACUUUGAAGCAAUUAACUGAACAAUCUGCUAUAUGUUCAAUUCACAUACACACCCCAUACCAGUAAAUAAAAGGCUGAAAUAGGGUAGCCUGAUAUUAUGUUCUUAUUCUUGAGAUUAGUCUUCGUCCGGGGUUUCAUAGCAAGCCAGGACUCAAGUGCUGGCACCAGUGUACUCUGAGCACAGGACCUGCCCUCAAACAAAAUGGAAAAGCCUAUUCUCAAACAGACUCUAACUUUCCCACCCUACUCAACCUUGGGCACCCUUGUACUUGAAAAAAAAUCUUAUAACAAAGAAAAAUAAGAACGCGAGUCUUAUUGGGAUUCUUGAAACAAGUGUAAAGCUUAAAAUACAGUUCAAAUUAAUGAUAUUAUUUCUCUUACAUAGCACAAUGAAAUGAGAUUCAACAAGCGAAGACAGCCUCAAGUAAUGAGCAGUGUGUCUCAACCUUUUAACCCAGACAAAUUUAACUUCACUAAAGUAAAGAGUAAAGAGGUAAUACCAUAAUAAUAAUGUUUGUUUGAUAGGGUUAGUUUGACUUUUGUUGCACUCAAUGACUUUUAACCGCUUACUAUUGGUCUUCAUCAUGCUGUGGAGUUAAUUUGCUGUGUGCAACUAUUAGUAACACUUUGUUUGUCAGUGAUUGAUGUGUUUUUGACCUUGUGCAUGUUGAGCUUCUUCAACCAUUUUUACCAGUGUUAUUUGGCCUGUAAAUGUUUUAGUAGGUACCACUAAUGGUUAAGAGGUGCAUCAUGGAAAAGGAACUGUGACAAUGCAGGGGCACCCAACAACAUUUUUUGUAAAAGAUCUGUUCAGAGGAGAAAAUGUUACCUAGAAUUUAUUAAAGCUUGAGAAAGGCUCUAAAUUUCUGGAUAACUAUUCUACUUGUCUAAGAUUUCUAAUCCUUAUCUAACUUUCCGAAGAUUUUCAGAGGAUGGAGUGUGUUUUCGCAUUUUAUCACCAAGAUAUUGUGAUUAUUGUUAAGAAAGGUCUCUUGAAAAUUUUGGUUUAAAGAGAAAACGCUCCGUAGAAAAUUCUAACAAAAUUCUAACUUUUGACCACUGAGGUACUUCACAGUAGCUAACAAUUUUGGAUGAGAUGACAAUGUUACCCAAAACCUUCGAGAUGACCAAAGUUCCCCUAAGACAUCCAAAGAGAUCAAAUUUAUCUGGGGCUGCCUAAAAACUAUUUAUUUGCUUUUAGGCAGCCCCGAAUUAAUCAAACAGGCUUCUAAAGCAUAGCAAAUACCACUUGAUCACACUCCUGUUGUAUUUGGAAACAUUUGGCCAUUUACCUGCAUGGGUACAACACACUCGCACUUUUCUGUUAUAAAGUGAAAAAUGAAAAAUUUUGGCUACAGGCCAAAUAAAAUAUGACAGUCUUAUAACUGUGUUUUUCACACAGGUUUUGUUUGAACUGUGUCCACAUCACAGAUCCCCAGGAGAUGAACAAAAUCUUAUGAUAAUAAAUAUCAGUCCUUUGGAAUAUGGACAUUGUUUGUUAGCUCCAGCUGUAAAUAAAUGCCUCCCACAGGUAUGACAAAUAACUUAGUUUAUAAUUACAGAUGUCCCAGCUUGGUUAUUUGUGAAUCAAAUGUGAAAACAGCCCACAAUGAUAUCUUAUUUUUGUGGUAAGAAUGUAAUGCAUCAAAUGUGGCUAUAGUCUGUGAAAAUGCCUGCAGAGGUUGAAGUAAGAACCUGGUUUUUAAAAAACCUGUUAGGCUAAAAUUUGCCAGUUAGGCCCCUUCUGUAUAAGAACCUGUUGUGCCUAAAAUUUGAAACAGGUCCUCAUUAACUUUUUUAAAAAUCUAUAAAAACAUUCCGUUCACUUAAAAGUCAAAUUUCAGCAUCCUCCUUGGAGACUUUCCAGCUGGUGUCUUAUCACUCCAACUGCAAUGUAAUGAUAUGCAGAUUUUAUAAAAGGAAUAAGCUGAAUUCCUCCUAUAAUUAUACUCUUAGCUACAAUGUAUUUUUUCCUUCAGAGAAUAAGAACCUAUUUAAGAACCUAAAUAGCCUAAAUUUGUGUUAUUUGUAAAUAACAUUUAUGUAAGAACUUGUUUAGGUUAACUUGGGAAAAUGCAGGUUCUUGCUCACAGGUUUUUAACUGUAGGCAUCAUAGCAAGCUAAAGAACAUUUAGGUGGCAGAUUAACACAUAAUUUAUUUUCUACAACUGUAGCUUGUACACUGUAAAUAUCUAACAUUGAAAAACAAGGUAAUGGAGGGAACGAUUCAAAAAGAGCAUACCCACCGGUUAAUAUUUCGAAACUCUUCUCUCGAAUUUCUAGUGUUCAUACUUACAACACACGUGCCUCAACCUCUGAACAUUUUUAUACUAAAGAAUCUCGACUCAAUGUCAAACGAAAUGCUUUUUCGCGUGUGGUUGAAGUAAGAACCUGGUUUUUAAAAAACCUGUUAGGCUAAAAUUUGUCAGUUAGGCCCCUUCUAUAUAAGAACCUGUUGUGCCUAAAGUUUGAAAGAGGUCCUCAUUAACUUUUUUAAAAAUCUAUAAAAAAUUCCAUUCUCUUAAAAGUCAAAUUUCAGCAUCCUCUUUGGAGACAUUCCAGCUGGUGUUUUAUCACUCCAACUGCAAUGUAAUGGUAUGCAGAUUUUGUAAAAGGAAUAAGCUGAAUUCCUCCUAUAUACUCUUAGCUACAAUGUAUUUUUUCCUUCAGAGAAUAAGAACCUAUUUAAGAACCUAAAUAGCCUAAAUUUGUGUUAUUUGUAAAUACCAUUUAUGUAAGAACUUGUUUAGGUUAACUUGGGAAAAUGCAGGUUCUUAUACUCACAGGCUUUUAACUGUAGGCAUCAUAGCAAGCUAAAGAACAUUUAGGUGGGAGAUUAAGACAUAUUUUACACAACUGUAGCUUGUACACUGUAAAUAUCUAGCAUUGAUAAACGAGGUAAAGUAGGGAAUGAUUCACAAAGAGUAUACUCACCGGAUCUCACAAUGAGUGCUAGGUCUUUUGAAACAUUUCCAGGUAAAAACUUCCCUUGUGGAAUUUUGCCAAAGAAGGUAAACGUUGUUGAAAAAAAAAUUGUUAUGGCAAAAAAGCUAUGCAUACAUGUACACUGAGCAAAUUAGAACUUAUGAGAUAAAGAAAGUGGCUUUUAAGUUUAACUUUUAGUUCUUGGGCUAUGAUAUUGGCCAUGAAAAAAAAAAUUAAAAACUUUGUAUGAUGGGAGACUUCAGAAGUAAAUUGCACGACUGUAGCUUUUUAGUUGUUUUUAAAAUUAUAAUAUUAUAUAGCUGUAAUUAUUAUAGAUUUUAUUUACAAACGUUCGUAUUUUGAACGAGUUUUUUAGCUCUUUGACGUAACGUGUUAAAAUAAAUGAUUGAUUGAUUGAUUGAGACUAGUACUUUUGUUUCUUCGCUUAAAUUUCAAUGUUUUAUCCCUCGUAUCGGGAAAAAUUGAGAUUCUUGGGAAUGGAAAUUUUAUGAAGGGUUUAUUAUUGCACCACUGACAGUUGUGUGUGGAUAUGUUAUAAGGUCCUAACAGAGGAAUCAAUACUGUUGGCUUUGGAAACAUCUCUACUCAGUAACCACUUGUGUAUUUAUACGCGGCCUUUCGUCCCUUAGGGUGGAUUUCCACUGUCGCGUCAAACGUGCGUACCAGGUUCAACUUUUACGUUUACGCGCGACCUUUUACAUGUGUACAUUGCCCCCUAAUUUAUUUACGCACGUAAAAAUUACACGGCAGUGGAAAUUCAUUCGUGAGUCAUGAUCACGUACUCCAAAGACACCUCGUACACCGUACACGUAAGCAAAAACAUUACUGUUUUUGGUUUAUGCUAUUAUUGUAUUUUACGUGUAUUUUACUCAAAUCUCUCUUUCGUAUUUGGGUCUGUGACAAGGUUGACUGUACCUGUGUAUAUUAAAAUAUGUUUUAAUGAAAUACUUUAUGAAGUGUGUAAGCUCGUGUAUAACUGAUACUUAGGUAACUUAUUUUUGUUAAGUACGACACCACAUAUUCCUAGGGGUUGUGCCAAAUGGCAGUUAACUAGAAUUAGCCUUUACUUGUAUUCUUUUCCAUGCCCGUCGUAUUUUUAGAACCAAGUGUUUCCAUCGGUAAGUUCCUUGGCCUCGUUAUUCCGCGCGGCCAGCGUGCGGCUUAUGCGUUUCGGGUCACGUGGUUCAAGCGACUUUUUGAGGCGUUUCCCGGCCGUGCGUCUCGGAUACUUCACGGAAAUGCAUUUAAAGAGAAGGCCCGGGAAGACGCCGUACAGGGAUUAGGCAUUACAGUCUCCUAAUAAUGGACUAAAGUAUGUAUUGAAGAACUUUAUCACUUUGUGGGAAUUGACCUUCGAGCCACUCUAUCAAAAGGAAAAAGCGGUGAAAAUGAAUUAGCUUGCGACAGUGCGUUUGGCAAAUUUACCAGAGGCCGUAUUGUUUAAUAGUCCUGAAGAAAAGAGAAGAACAGAGAAUAAAAUACUGACAUUGAGCUGGAAGUAAAGGCCACAAAUUUGUCUGUGUCAGGGAACAUCCAAUGGCAAGGCUUCCUCCUUUUUUUUCGAGUUAAAGGGACAGGUUCACGGUUUAGCGCAUGCUCAUUAAUUAAAUUACUUUUUUCCAAUGUAUUAUUAAUUCUAUAGGUUAAUAAUCCCACUCUCAUGUAUCUCAGCGAUCUCAGAGUGUAUUUUACAUUAGAAGUGUGUUUCAGGGUAACCUCAAGUAGGAUGGAGGAGUACUAAAAUCGCAGAAAACAUUAGUGGACUAUGCCAACACUACCAACGUUGAAUUUAUUGUUGACCCGAAGGUUUUAUUCCAUGGUUGAUUAAUUUACAGCUACAGUUUGCAAAUAUAUAAAAUGAUCAAGUGCAAGUGACUACCAGGGGAGUGAGCAGAUUGGUUUUUUUGACAACAUUAUGUCAUGAUGAUAUUGCUUGCAUAGACGAUACAGCAUGUCACAGCAGAAAAACAGCAUUUUGAUAAAUGAGCAUGCGCUGAACCGUGAACCUGUCUCUUUAAAUACGUUAUAUUCGUUGUGAACCGAAUAAUCCGUGGAGAGAAAUUAGCAAAAAAAAAUUCAUAAAUUCAUUAUUUGUAAAAACAACUGUAGCGAGGUCUUCUGUUAUCAUUUGGAAAGAAAUGCAAAGUAUAGUGUAAGACAGGAGCCGUAAUCGGCUCCUGGUGUAAGAUGAUAGGCAGGCCGAGUGAUGUUGUCAGUGAAAGCCGUCCACAGACGUUUUCCCCUUAUUCAGUGUGGAUUUUUGCGAGCGAGUGCGAGGACCAGCGCGAAGUGAUCAGCCGCUUUCGCCCUGGAGCGGACAAUAAAUCCCCCGUGGUUUUUAUUUCAUACGUCCGCUCCCACAGAGAGCUUUUACGAGGAAAAGUAGGCCACCCAAUCCCUUGCAAGAACGCUAAUUAGUUUGUGGUUUUGUGGCUUGCUCGCAUGUCCUGAUCUUUGCUGUGAUUGGUCUUAACAAAGUGACAGUAAACAUUCUUGAAAUAUUUCAAGUGUUCACGGUUUUCCCGGUCGCACUGUAAAAAAUCCCCCAAGGUUUUUUUUUUUUUCACACAGCACGCGCGCUGGACGAGAUCUAAGGAGAAGUGUAUUGAGAAAAAGAGGCUCCGUGAGCACGCUAUUAAUAGAAUUAAACUACGUCAACUUUCCUGGAUUCUUGCUCCAGGCGUUUUUACGAUUUUUUUAGUUUUCAAACUUUUUAUUCGUUCGAGAGUUCUGUUGCCCUUUCUUCCAGAUUUUCAUUAGGGAUCUCAUCUAAUUUUCGCCCUAAGUACGGAAACGCAGGACACUGCCACUUUAACGCACUUAGUUCUAUCGAAGUAAGAGAUGCAUUUUUUAAAUCCAACACAAUAAACUGUUCUGAUAGCUUAUUUUGCGGUAGGUUUACAAUUUUACUACCGUAAGCAUCAUUUUUUACCUAUUCAGACCGGGCGUUUUUGGGCUGAGACGGGAGAGGGGGUGGGAGUUCAAAGUCUCCUCAUCUAUAACUUUGGAACCGCUCAUGAUAAGGCUGUAGAAGUCGCGCGCAACUGGUUUUUCAAACUAACAAGUAGUAAAUAUUCCCCUAUGAUAUUCAGUCCUUUGUCAUCUCUGUCAUCUUCAACCCCGACACGAUCUGAAUGUGUAGAUGGACUCUAAAGGAGCUUCUACUGGAAGGGCCUAAAUCUUCUCAACAUCGAAUGUCAGACUUUUUUUCUCUUUCUUUGACUGCCAGUCUUCGAUACGGAAAAUAAUAUAUAGAUGACCGAAGAGUGAAAGUACAUUCAUGAACAUUUGUACACGAUCCCUUUUGGCUUAACAAUCUUACCGGCCUUACAAGCUUUUUCUGAAUUUGCUGAUCAGCUAGAAUGUUUUGAGUUAAUUAGUUUAAUGAAUGCUAUAUAGUUUUCCAAGCACUCCUUUGGAAAAUUUUAUUGUACAGGCUUGAAAUGAAUGUUUCUCUUCCUCAGAGCUACUGUAUCGAGGUAUGGAGGUCCUCUGGAUCCACUUGUUCACUUUGGGAUCAUAGCUUUCAACUGCAAGCUCCGGCUUUGACGAUAUAUCAUUUACACCACCCAGUACAUAAAGCGUUCCGUUAACACAUACCAUACUACCCGAAACACGUCUAGUAUUCAAGCUUGCGAUAGUUUGCCAUUCAUUUAUAGCAACAUUGUACACUUCACAUGCAGAAGGCGAACCUUUAACCAAUCCUGUAGCGAAAAUCUUCCCUUGAGAUGCGACACCGAAAGGACUACUUUCUAUAACUUGCAUGGAUGCAAUUUUCUCCCAUUUGCUCGUCACAGUGUCGUAUCUGCCAGCUUUACUAAAAUAUCCACACCCAAGAACAUACAGACAGUUGCCAGAGGUGACAACACAUGAAUAAUUUCGGCUGUAUCGAAGGUCAGGAGAAGAUCGAACAGUUUGCCAGGCACACAAUUCCUCAUCAUAUCUUUUAAUAACAGGUGAACUGCGUCGAUCGGGGUGGCAGAUAACAUAGAUUUUUCCUCCAAGGACCGCAAAGGAGCAAUCAUCACCGCCAGGGGAGAGCUUGAUUUUAGCCCAGCUGUCAAAAGCAGGAUCGUAUCUUUCAGUGUCAACAUAAAACACGUUAGAAAAGCUGUAGACCUGAUUUCGGCAUCUUAUAAGCUGUGUGGUAUGGUUUCGGUCUUCUGAAAAUCCACCUGCCAAUAGUUUCCACGUUUCUUUUUCAGGGAGGUAACAGUACGAGUGAUUUCCCCCACGAACUACAAUGGCGUGGGUUUCAAUUCUUCUUGCCGACUGCACCAGAGUAUCUUCGCUUGCAGUAAUAACUAACUUUAUAGCAUCCACAACUUGCCUUGAACAAGAAACAUUUUCUACAACAAGUUCGUUGGUCACGACAUUCAGCAAAUAGUCACGCGACAAUGAUGCCAGUCGAAUGUGACGAAAGAGCCGCUCAAAUUCGGCUUUUCGCUCGCUUUUGUCUUGUUCAAUCCACUUUAAUAUGAUUCUGAACACGUCUUCUUCAUCUGGAACACAAAUGUUUUCACUUGAAAUCCACUUUUCAACCUCUUCGGCUUCCAACUUUAAAAAUUCGUCAGAUUCAGCUACCGAAGCGAAAUUGUUGUGUAUAAACUUCAUGCAUUUAUCGACAAGUUCGUCACAUCUAUAUUUUUGAGCGAAGCGAAGAGUUGAGAUGCAAUUUGUACUAGUCAGUUGUUUCUCUAGAAACCUUCCGGCCCUGGUUUUCAAACUCAGAAGAAGUAAAUAUUCCGCUGCGAAGAUCAGUUCUUUGGCAGUUUCUUCAUCUUUCACUUUAAUGCUUCCAGUGUAGAUGAAGUCCAAAACAUCUGCCAGGAUAGACUCCGAAAUUUCCUCAAAUCGAAUGACUCCUUCUUCUUUUUCCUUCAUGUCAGUCUUGAGGAGCUUCACAAAAAACGGACUUACCGCCGAUAGUACAUUUUUAUGGGCUCUGAAUUCCGUCCCUUCUUUCGCCACUAAGGUGAUGUUGCACAAAUAGGUUUCUCCGCGUUGCAUGUUUAGUCGCCUCAGCAAUUCCACAAAGAAAGAGCUCGGUUCAGCUACACGGAUUGGUUCUAAAUCUUCCAUGUUUAUCGUUUGGAUUCGAUUUGACAAACUGUUAAAACGCUCAGUAAGGGAUAGGCACGGCCUAACACGGGAAAGAAAUUCACCAAGUGGCGACUGGGCAGACUCAAGUCGGGGAACAGGGAAAUGACGACGUGUAGUAAACAGUAGGCUGUCAUGCGCAGUAUAUCUUUUGGUGUCAUCAUCACGCAACGCUCCUUCCCACAAAAGGAGGAACGUUUCGUGACGGACACGAAAAAAAAUGGCUGCGCAGCAUGCUCAUUUGGGCGAAUAGGAUAGCCUGCCAAAGAAAGAAAAACAUUGAAAAAUAAACAAAUGAAAAUGUCAAGGCAAAUAGUCGAGGACCAAGGAAUUGCUACUCAAGCGACGUAACAGAAUUUUAAGUAAAUCCUGAAACCUAUGUAGUAACUAGACAGCUCAUAGUCCGAAGUUUAAUUUUAGCAAAACCCUGUGUUACAAGAUACUAACUAUAUAAAUACAGUUAUUAAAGUGUUUUUUUCAAAUACCGACCCGUCCUUAAAUUAAAACGUACAAAGCGUUUUAUUAUUAUUAUUAUUAUUAUUAAAGUGUUAUAACCGCACCCUCAGGGCGCUCUAUGUCAAAACUGGCCAGUUAGACCAGUCUUUUUUGAAAAUAAAAUAGGCUUUUUUCGAAAGUUUCCGCCAGAAAACGGGUGCGGUCGAGCCAACCAGCUGUGAUGCAAUAGUCUGGGUACUACUAAAGAUUUUCAAUCUAAGACGAAAUGCUAGAUCUUUUUGUCUAGACGAUUGUGUAGCCAGCCAAUAAAACGUUUACUUGGGGAGUUUGGAGAGCACUCAAGAAGCUUGAGUUUCUCUCGGCAUCCCAGCACCUUUCAAGUGUUCUCAAUAUUUCCCGCGUGCAUACGUAAUUCGUCAUACGCACGUCACGCAUGCACCAAUUCUUAUUGAUGUAGAUUUUGUCUUAUAAAAUUCUGACAAGGUACUGCCUUAAAGGUUUCAUUUUUAAUGGUCACACCCUAUAUUGUCCACAUGACUGAAAUUUAGGACUAAUUACGUCUGAUUUACCUGUUUUCAUAAUUAUUAACUCUGGGAAUGAAAGAGUGAGUAUCUUUAAUUUUCUGUAAUAUAGACAAUGGAACCAUGUCAUCUUUAAACAAAACUAUCUCCAAUCAUUAUCUCAUUUUUCUUCCAAACAAAUGACACCUCAAGUUCAAGUCCCACUCUUGUCAAGCUAAUUUGUUCCAGGUAGAUUAAGACUAGCCUACAAGGCAGGCGUAUUUUGUAUCGCGCUUUCGUUAAAAUAAAAGCGCCCACCCUCUGCAGGCUAGAUAAAGACAGGAGGCUGUAAUUGGUAUAUCAUUUAUGUGCUUGUUUAUCUAUUUAUUAAAAAUGUGUUUAUCUGCUUUUGUUGUAGAGGAUUUCAUGUUGGUUUUAACAGCCUUUGUGCACAUGCCUCAGUGAAUCAUCUUCAUCUUCACACUUGGUACAGCCAGUAUCCUUCUUAUCUCGAGUCAGCAGUGAGUUGCCCAUGUGUAUUUGUAAUGGACGAUAUGCACACACUUAGAAUUUGCUCACGUGGCCCAUCAUAAAACUCUUACUUCAUAAAAGAAAAAAAAUUAUCAGAAUUGCCAAUUGUUCUGUUAAAUGUGGAGCGCCUAUCUCAUAUAUACCGUGAAACCUUUGUUACACUGUGACGUUCAGACUGUUUAUAGAUUUAUCUUCUGCGCCAAAUUUUCUCAGCCAAUUGCAGCUGGAAGGAUCUAGCUGAAUGACCUAUGAGAUCAACAAAAUGUCAAGCGAAGAGAGUGUAACUGAGCUGAAGAACAUUGGAAGUGAGGACGAAGAGGCCUCUAUCUUUACUACUGAGAAGGUUGAAUGACGUAUUGGAUUGUGCGUACUACUGAAAAGUUGACUGACGUUUUGGAUUGUGCAGAUGGUUGUGAAUACAGUAAAUUUCACAGGAAGGGAAAUGAAUCUAAAAAUACACAAAAACAAUUCUCAACAAUAUGACUCUCAGUGGUCAAAGCGGGUACUGUAGUAACUUUGGGGGACGGGCUCUUGUUAUAAUUAACAAUAUUUAUUAAUUUUCUCGGAUAAACAGGAGGUCAGUCCCAUUUGUAAAGAUGUUUUUGAGGUCAGGAAUUAUCCAACAAAUGCAUUUGUUUUUGAGCUGGCACCAGAAACUGACGUCUGCUCUCUGGCAAGGUACUGUAUAAAAAAAAUUGCUCACAAAGUUUUAGUAUUAUUUGAGGCUACAAGAAGGGUGUCUAUGUAACAAUUUGAAGUGAUUUGUUUGUAACUUUCAAGAAGCUUCUGAGGUAGUUUUGGACAAAAAUGUAAUUCUUACGAACUACUCCUUUUAAAGGUUUGGUUGUACAUUAGAUCAGCUGUGUCACGAAAUUCACUAAAAUUCAAACAGAGGAAACUGGGUGUGAGGCAAGAGAAAUUGGGAUAAAUUACGCAACAAUGCUCAAUAUUUCGCAAUUAAAAAAGGCCACUAAAGAGAAGAAGCUACGAAAAGAAAGGGCGGGAGCCGGAAAUGCAAGGCCUUUAGGAGGCGUACCCCUUCUCCCUUUAUCCUAACUAGAGCUGGUCGCUUUGGUCGCUUACGAAAGUGGUCGCAAGGAUCGCCCCAUAUUAGCGAAUCCGGAUUCUGGAAUCUGGGAAAUUUGAACGGAAUACAGUUCAAGAAAUCCGGAAUCCCACUAACGAUUGGAGUUCAGAAUCCAAGUUCCACUGACAAAGAAUCCAUUACCUGGAAUGCGGAAUCCACGGCGUGGAAUCCAGCAUCGAAGACUGUCUUGGGUUACCUUACAGUGUAUAUGGACAGACAAAAAGGGCGUUGACUGUAAUUAAAAAUUCGUGAAAUGAUUUCGGUCAGCGUUGAAUCGUAUAAUAAUCAUCUGUUAUACGAUCUCUUUUUCCAGGAAAAUACACAAGGUCACGACGUAUUUCAUAGAGAAUGAGAUAGCCCACAACUUUCACAUUAUGCGAGGAACGAGAUGUUAUUCAAACCCCCAAAUAAAUGGAGCUGUGUGUCAAGAAGACGCCCAGCGAUAUUCAGUUCUUAGAGUGUUUUUGUGGCCAAGAAACCCUGUUCAUGGUAGGAGAAACCUCUCAGCUGAUCACUUUUCGGUCAAGUCGCUCUAAGUUUUCUCGUUUUGGAUUAUUUCGCCCGUCAAAGACCUUUCUUGCGUUCCGCUCCAGUGAGCGUACACAGUAAAACCAGAUUUUGGUUUGGGUGGACGAUUUUCUGCAAACGACUAUGUAUGAGAUAUAUCACCGGGCCUCAAGCUAGUGCCUUUGUUCACGGUAAUAUUGGAAAGGUCUGUUUUUGUAAAGAUUUUACCUUACACGGCUUGGAAGUUAUUGCCUCACCGCGUUUUUAUAACGACUUUAAGUUCCUUCAAAAUUAAGUGGCUACGUAUAACAAAGCUACAUUUCGGGUGACCGUAACUCCUGGGUUCUUACAAAAUGCCUCGGGUGACUUGAGGCACUUGAUUAGUUACCCUUUGAUCGAUUUACAGUUGCGUUUGUAACCUACAUUGUUGUUUUGUUCAACAGGUGCCAAAGACUUGAGUUCCUAUCAGUCUGAGAGGCGACCUAUUGCUGUGUACGAGUUUGCUGGCUCUUUGGCAAUCAAUAGUAAGACAUUUCUACCUAAACCUUCAAGGAAAUAAAUUCCGUAAAAUGUGACUUCUUUGUUUAUUCGAAACAUCCAUGGAAAAAAAAGGAAGACCCCAUAUUUUUUUCUUGGUCAUUUAACACCCUCCAAAAGUUAUAUUUCGAGAAUAUACAAGGCAUUUUUUUUUUUCAAGUUGGACCGUAUCGUCAUGAAACUCACUCCGGUUAUUUUAGCCUGCAAAUACAUCCGUCUCCCCCCGCCAGUAGGGAUGUUUCGCAAGAGAGACGUCUGCGUUUCUGAACCAAAAAGCGGUGAGGAGUGAGCUAGAGACGACUGUAUUCGCAGGCUAUAGUUGUCUAUUUUUUUAUUGAAAUUGGAAACUAUAAUAUUGAAACUGAAUGGUAAAAGGAAGAGCUAUUUACACGUAUUUUGCUUUUUAACAUCUUUCAGCAAAAGAAAAAUAUGAUUCAUUUACCGAAGAGGAUUUUUGUGCCUACUUAAGUCGAGCUUCGCUAGCAGAAGAAGUGUUCAUCAGACAUAAGGAGGCGAUACGAGAAUUAUUGUCCGUGAAGAAUGCGACCUGAUAAUCAAGGAUAAACGUCCGCAGUAAACAAGCAAACAUGCAAACUGAGGACUGAUAAUUUUGAAGGAAGGCUCAAUGCUUCUCGAAAAAGCUAACCUGCGUCAGGCGAAAACGGGGAGGACAGGAUGGGUAAAAGAGUUUAAGGGAGACUGCAUGGGUACAGA